AUGGAUAAAUCUCGUUUUGGAAUAACAACAACCGUCCUCAAUAUCUUUCUGGGACUUCUUAGUAUCGUUAAUUAUAAUUAUGCGGCAAGUGUUAAAAAUAAAGAUGAUCUUUUCAGCAUAAAUAUUACUAUGCCAAAUUUUAAUACGACACAGGGUGAUCAGUACAGUUUUCUUCAAUAUGAAUUGCCCGAUGAAGAACUGGCUAUUGUUGGUUAUUCACCAUUGAUUACUAUGAAUGCUGCUCAUCAUAUGCUAACAUUUGCUUGCGCUAAACCGGGUUCUAAUAAACGAUUUUGGACAUCUGGCCAAGCAUGUACUGGUAGUGAACAAUUAAUUAUACAUGGAUGGGCUCGAAAUGCACCAUCAAUGAAUUUACCAGAUGAUGUUGGAUUUCCGGUUGGUCGUAAUACGCCAUACAAAUAUAUUGUAGUCAAUAUACAUUAUUUAACUAAUAUCCUUAAUGAUAAAUCAGGAAAUCAAAUAAUUAUGAGUCGAAAAUCACGUAAAUAUCAAGCAGGUGUUAUGUUAGCUGGUACAAGUCAGAUCUAUUUAAAAGCAAAAACACAUUCUGUACGAACACCAUUUUCAUGUCGUUAUAAUGGACCAACAAUUUCAAUUUUUGCUGCUCGUGUUCAUGCACAUCAAUGGGCACGAGUUAAUUCAUUAUAUCGUGUACGUGAUGGUGUUGUUACACAAAUAGUUAAAGGUGAUCCACAAUGGCCACAAUCAUUCUAUCCACUUACAUCACCUAUUGAGAUUCAGACUGAUGAUUAUCUUAUUGGACAAUGUGUUUAUGAUAAUGAUGAUGAUCAAAUUAUUCGAGUCGGACCAACACAUAAAGAUGAAAUGUGCAAUGUAUAUGCAAUGUAUUCGUUUGAACCAACAAAAACAGCUAAUGGAAAACAAAAAACUGGUGAAGCUCCAAUUCGUUCAUGUUGGGAUAAUGAAUUUAGUUCAUUGGCAAAUCUGAUUCCACCUGAUAGUGACGUUCCACCACGUAAACCAUCUGAUAUUGGUGAAACAGGUAGUGGUCAUCAUACACAUGCUGAACAUGCAAUGAAUCCAUCAACUGGUAAUGGUAAACAUUCAUCAAUAGGAUCAAAUGAUGAACCAUCUUAUGAUGAAUAUAUGGAUGAAGUUGAAAAUAUGCGUCAUCGUAAUCGAGGACAAAAUCCAUAUGAUAUAAAUAAAGUUUUAUCACAUCUUGGUUUACCUGAUUAUGAAUAUGUUGAUGCACAAAAUUUCGAUUAUUUAUUACCGACACAUUUAACAUAUGGAAAAGAUCAAACAGUUAAAUUACAUAAUGCGAAAAUAAUGAGCUCGAAUUUAUAUACAUGUAUUGAUACAUGGCCUGAUGUUAAAUCAUUACCAAAUCAACUCGGUGAAAUAGGUGGAAUAGCUUUAAAUAAAGCUAAUGAUGAACUUAUUGUAUUUCAUCGUGGUCCACGAAAAUGGGAAAAUAAAUAUUUCAGUGGCAAUUAUCGUUUUCGUAAUGAAGCUUAUGGUCCUAUUGAUGAAGAUGUUCUUCUUCAUAUUGAUACACGUACAGGACAAAUGAAAUCACGUUGGGGAGCAAAAAUGUUUUAUAUGCCACAUGGUUUAACAAUUGAUCAUGCAGGAAAUAUUUGGUUAACCGAUAUAGCUAUGCAUCAAGUGUUUAUGUUUAAACCAAAUGAUUUAACACAUCCAGCAUUAACAGUUGGAGAAAUGUUUCAACCAGGUUCUGGACCAACUCAACUUUGUCGACCAGCAGAUAUUGCUGUAAUGAAAAAUGGAGAUUUUUUUGUUGCUGAUGGAUAUUGUAAUAGUCGUAUUAUUAAAUUUAAUCGUAAAGGAGAAUAUAUAACGGAAUGGGGAACACCAAUGAAUGGAAUGCAUGAUAAUGAUGGUUAUCCACUACCUAAUCAAUGGAAUAUUGUUCAUUCGAUUGCACUAAAUGAAGAUGCUCAAUUAUUAUGUGGUGCCGAUCGAGAAAACUAUCGUAUACAAUGUUUGAAUUCAAAUACUGGUGAAUUUCAACGACAAAUACGUGUCGAAGCAAAAGAUAAUAUUGGUCCUAUAUAUGCUAUUGAAUUCGCACCAAAUGCCAAUGGAACUGUCUUAUUUGCUGUCACAGGUGGUUCAGAAACUCCAGUUAAAAAAGUUUAUAUGAUUGAUGCACGAAGUGGAGAUAUUUUAACAUCAUUUGAUUCAAAUCCGCAUUUAAUCGCUCCUCAUGAUAUUGCUAUAUCAUCAAAUGGUCGUGAAAUUUAUGUUGGUGAAUUAGCUUCAACAUCUGCCAAUGCUCUACAUAAAUUUGAAUUAGCUAAACGAAAAGAUUUACCAACACAAAUAUUUAGUAAACGAGUUUAUUUAAAUGAUAAAAAUUUUCGAGUAUCAUUAAUAAUUAUGGCAUUCUUUGCUAUUCCAGUUUUUCUAGCCGUUAUAUUUGGAUGUAUUAUUCGCAUACGAAAUCUUCGUAAACUUCGUCGUUUAAAUACAUUUUUAAGUGAUGUUAAAAAUACUAAUACUGGUUCUAGUUCUGUUCUUGGUGAUUGGAUGAAUAGACGUAAAGGUUUUGAAAAAUUAGAUCAAUAUUCUGAUGGAGAAAAUGAACCAUUAGAUAAUGAUAUGAAUGAUGAUUUAAAUACAAAUUCAAAUGAUGAAAUAAAACCAUCACAACAAACAGCAACACCAUCGAUUAACAAUAAUGUCGCAUUUAAAAUGGGCGCAAGUCUUUAA